GGGGCCUGCUUCGCCAAGGAGGGUCUCUGCGCUGCUCGUCCCCCAAUCAUCGCCAUCGCCGCUCUGCUCGUUGAUUUCUACCAGAUCCUCGACCAUUUCUCCGACAUGGCUGACGUUGGCCCGCCUCCCACCACCGGACAGCUUCCCCCUCCACCUCAACCAAACGCAGGCGCGCCCGGCUACGAGAACGGUCAAAACAACAACGCGAAUUCCGCACACAUGCCUCCUCCGCCGCUGCACAUCCCGCAAAACACCAAUCCCAUCCCUACGGCGAUUACGUCGCCCAUGGGUGGGAACGGUGACACGAGCGGCAUCAUGUCGCCCACCAGCGCCGGCAACCCCUUCGGCCGCCGCGCCGCCCCCGAGCCGAACAAGCGCGCUCUCUACGUCGGCGGCCUUGACCCUAGGGUCACCGAGGACGUCUUGAGACAGAUUUUCGAGACGACUGGCCAUGUCCAGAAUGUCAAAAUUAUUCCCGACAAGAACGUGGGUAAACCUGGCUCCGAGCAGCCGCGAGAUGAAAAACAGCAAAAGGGCUACAACUACGGCUUCGUUGAGUAUGAUGAUCCCGGUGCGGCUGAGCGUGCUAUGCAGACGCUCAACGGCCGGCGCGUGCAUCAGUCCGAAAUCCGUGUCAACUGGGCCUACCAGUCGAACAACCAGAACAAGGAGGAUACUUCGGGCCACUUCCACAUCUUCGUCGGCGAUCUCUCCAACGAAGUCAACGACGAGGUUCUGCUUCAGGCCUUUUCUGCCUUUGGCUCCGUCUCCGAGGCUCGAGUCAUGUGGGACAUGAAGACCGGUCGCUCCCGCGGCUAUGGCUUCGUUGCUUUCCGCGACCGUCCCGAUGCCGAGAAGGCUCUGAGCUCUAUGGACGGCGAAUGGCUUGGAUCUCGUGCCAUUCGUUGCAACUGGGCCAACCAAAAGGGUCAGCCUUCCAUCGCUCAACAGCAAGCUAUGCAGCAGAUGGGUCUUACUCCCACCACUCCUUAUGGACACCACCACUUCCCUACCCACGGAGUUCACAGCUAUGACAUGAUUGUCGCCCAGACCCCUGCUUGGCAGACGACCUGCUAUGUCGGCAACCUGACUCCCUACACCACUCAGAAUGACCUCGUGCCCCUUUUCCAGAACUUCGGCUACGUUGUCGAGUCUCGUUUCCAGGCCGACCGCGGCUUUGCUUUCAUCAAGAUGGACACUCAUGAGAAUGCUGCCAUGGCCAUUUGCCAGCUUAAUGGGUAUCAGGUCAAUGGUCGGCCUUUGAAGUGCAGCUGGGGCAAGGACAAGACGCCCAACCCUCAACAGUUCGACCCAAACCAGCCUUAUAGCCCUCAGAGUGCCCAGACGCCUGGUUAUCCCGGCACUCCCUCCACUUAUUUCAAUAACUAUGGCAACUCUUACCCAGGCCAGCAAGGUAACUACAACGGCCCUCAAGCUCAGUCACCUGCCGGCUACGGCUCCCAGAUGGGUUACAACGGCCCGCCGAGCGCUGGUGGUUAUGGCCGUGGUCAGCCCGGUCCCAACGCCCAGUGGAACCAGCCGUCCCCAGCCCAGAACUUCGGCAAUGGGUUUGGUGGUUACCAGGGCUAGAAGCCUAAAAAGCCUGGUGAGCAGUUGCUUACUAGUGGUCACAGCGUGGGCCACGUCUCUUUUCCGUUCCCUUGAAACGCCUUUGCCAUGUGGUGGAAAAGUUAAUGGCUUUCUCAGCUUCGACUAGAGGUGGGAGGCUUUGCGGCUGCAUUCGUGUUAGGAUGGUUCUUUUUCACACGUCCAGGAUGGAGAGAAAUCCUCGCUCAAGUCCGGUUGAUCAAGGACUGGAUUUUGGAACUGGAAGUCAUUUUGUUGGGAAUUUGGGAGCCUGUCUUCUUUACUUCUCUGGUCUCAUGUAUCACUCACUGCUCUUCCUUCUUUUCUUUUAUCUCUGACCUGUCAAGUUUCGAAUGCGUUUUCUUUCUCGCGCUUUCUUCUCUAUCUUCGUUUCUCUGAGUGAUUCCCACGGGCCAAUGGUUCUUUCUGCAAGUUCUUCUCCGUUUGGGUUUUGUGUAAUUUCCUUCGGUUUUCUCUCCUCUUCUCUUAAGCUACGAUCGAAACGUCUUAUCUUACUCUACACUUUUACGUUUGCUAGGUGUUUCUCUCUCGUCUUCCUGAUGAUAUGUUUCCAAAAUCUUUCCAACGCUGGAUACCAGAUUUUCACAAAAGUUAAGUCAGUUUCGAGGUCUUUUACCAGAACACGUCACGACAAUAUCUCUUCUUCCCUUUGGCUGUUCUCCAACUUCGUCUCCUUCAGCAUUUCAUUUCGAUGUGUACGCAAGAUUCAAGGCGGCAUUUUUCUUCCGAUAUACCCAUUGCGCGUUUCCUACCGUUGUAUUUUCGUGGGCCUUUGGAUGUUUCUUAUACAGAUACCCAUUUUCCACG